GGACACUGGUAGACCUGGCAGGGACACUGGUAGACCUGGCAGGGACACUGGUAGACCUGGCAGGGACACUGGUAGACCUGGCAGGGACACUGGUCCUCCAGGACUUGUAUCACAGUUGUUGGUUUGUCCAAUAAAAGUUGUCAACCAAAUAUUAGAGCUGCAGUCGAUCCUAAUCAUUAAUCACCAGCUGAGACCCUGUUGAACUGGUAACAGCAGGUCCUGCAGGUCUCUGGUUCUGGUUCUGCUCUGAGCUCACAUGUGUUGUUCUGACUUUCUUUGACCAGUUUCCUGUAACCAUGGUGAUAGGAAGUGCUCUCCAAUCAGGCUCAGGUUGGCCCAAGCGAGACAGGCGCUGGAGUACAGCAGCUUCUACCACAGCGCCACCUACAGGCUCCUACAGCCCACAGCGUGUCAGGACCCGCCCACCAAGAACGGAGCCAUCCCUGAAGCUCCGCCUCCUCUGGUCCAAACCAUCACACCGACUGUCAUCACCACUCCUGCGCCUCCUGCGCCCACGCUUCCUCUGCCUCCGACUCCACAUGUCCUCCGUCAACCUUCGGUCCCUCAGACACCUCGGGUCCUGUCUCUGCCUCUCRCCCCGCCCCUGAUCCAGACCACCCCGCCCAGCCCCCAUCUGUCCUGGGGGGCCUGCUCGGAGGCAGAUCUUUACUCUCGGGUCGGUGCGUUCAGGUCCUCCAGGCUCUCCAGCCAAUCGACAGUCAUCCUGUUCGAACAUUCUGCUCUCUGAGACCAGCUGGACUGCUGACUCAGCAAAAUGUUACAAUAUUCUCCCAGAUUACCGUUAAAACUCAAGAUUUCAAAGCUUUCAUUCAUGAUUCAAAACAAAUAUGGAAUAUUUAAACAUUAUUCUUAUUACAUUAAUUCUAAAGGCUUCCUCUAGCAUUCUGGUAUCCUUUAGUUAGCCCUUUGCACUUUAAGCUGUUCUUUUGUUCAAACACAUUCAGCUUUUACCUCGGGUUUUAGCUUUAAACUAUCAUUUUGUUCAUUUUAAUUAAGUGUUUUACAACUUUAAGCUACAUUUUAUCUUUUAGCUGAUGUUCUUCUACACUUAGAGUUAUUCUGCUUCCUUAUUAGCUAGCACAUCGCUACUUAGCUAACAUUCAGCUAUCCAUUUGCAACUUAAACUUUUGUUACGUGAAACUUUUAGCUAGUGUUUUUUGGUUAUCAUUCUUCUUUUAUUUAUUAGCUAGUGCUUUAAUUUUUAGUUAAUUUUAGUGUUUUGCUAAAUUUAGCCUAAAGCUAGCAUUUUGAUAUGUUUAACACAUAGCUAGCAUUUUGCCACUCAUAGAUUUUAGCAAUUCAUUUGCUUUUCAUAUGACUCAUUGAGCCUUUUGGUAAAUUAAACUUAGUUUUACUUUUAGCUAGUAUUUUUCUUUUUGUCCUUUCAUUCAGCUUAUUUUAGCAAUUAAUGUUUUGUGCAUUUUAGAAAACAUCUGGUUUCAGCUUUGAUAGCAUUUUGAUACUUUUAGCUGUCAUUUAGCUUCUUAUAGUUUUUAUUUUUAACUAAAUUACUACUUUUAAGUUU